AUGGAUUCCAAGAUAUCAUUUGGUGGACCGAAUUCUGGGUCGCAGAUAGGGAUUAACUACGGUUCGAUCUCGAACGAGUUUUGUCUUCCUUUGAGUGAGUCACGAGCGAUUAUAUUUAAACUAGAUCGUACUGACUGUGACAUGGAUCUCGACGAGAAGUUGCCCACGGUGUAUGGGGCUGAGUUCAACUCAUUUAUGGAUCAGCAUGAAGAUGAAUGUCUCCCAGGCACGCGAACCGAUAUUCUCCAUCAAAUUAGAGAGUGGGCUUUAUCCCCGCAGGAGAGAUGCAUCUUUUGGCUAAGCGGAAUGGCCGGGACAGGGAAAUCGACCAUUUCCCGAACAGUGGCAAAAUUCUUCCACCAGGCUAAAUCUUUAGGGGCAAGUUUUUUUUUCAAAAGGGGUGAAGGGGACCGAGGAAAUGCUAUAAAGCUUUUUCCUUCAAUCGCAAGGCAGUUAGCGAUGAGGGUUCCCCAAUUAAUGCCCAAAAUCCAGAAGGCGGUCCACGAUGACCCAGGCAUUGCAGCGAGGACGAUGAAAGAACAGUUCGAUAAAUUACUCCUUCAUCCACUUCUGAGUUUACAACAAUCCGAUCACCCGAUACAGACUCUGCUGAUAGUUAUUGACGCAUUGGAUGAAUGUGAAAGGGAUAAUGAUCUGCGACUUAUACUGCAAAUUCUGCCACAGCUGUCGCAGUCAUAUAAUCUGCGUCUACGAGUAUUUUUGACUAGCAGACCUGAACUGUCGAUCCGUUUAGAAUUCUUAAAGCUUGCAAACGAUGACCACAAAGAUUUUAUUCUCCAUGAAAUUCCUAGGGAGGUUAUUACGCAUGAUAUAUCAUUGUUCUUGAAUCACCGACUUUCCGAGAUCAGGACAGAGCGGCUUCUGCCUAAAGAUUGGCCCGGGGUCAUAAAUCUUCAAAAUCUUGUGUCAUUAUCCGUUCCGUUAUUCAUUUUCGCGGCUACUAUUUGCCGUAUCUUUGAGGAUCCUAACUGGGACCCUAAGGAUAGUCUUACUGACAUUCUUGCACAGCGAAAUGAUCAAUCCAAACUGGAUGGAAUGUAUCUUCCUAUACUCCACCGGCUUGUUAAAAGGCAAAGCGAGAAACAGAGGGAGCAACUUCUUCGGGAAUUUCACCAGAUAGUUGGUGCAAUUGUGAUCAUAGAGAGCCCACUCUCAGUCGUAUCACUCUCAAAACUUCUAGGCAUUCCCGAGAGCCUUAUUCAUCUGAGACUGAACCCGCUUAGAUCAAUUCUAAGUGUGCCAGAUGAUAGAGUUUUGCCGGUACGACCCUUUCACCUGUCAUUUCGAGACUUUCUUCUCGACCCGGAAACAAACAAGAAAACUCUUUUUGGAGUUAAUAAGAAAGAAAUGCACUAUGAUAUGACCAUACGGUGCCUUUUUAUGUGUCAAAAACUGCGGAAAAACAUAUGUGGACUAGCAAGUCACGGUACCCAACGUGCUGAGAUUAAUCGCCAGACUAUCUAUCAAUAUAUCCCUCCAGAAUUGCAGUACGCCUGCCGGUAUUGGGCACAUCAUGCCGUGCAAUGCAUGGGUCUGAAAGAUACGAUGCAUGAUGCUUAUAUAUUUCUUCGAAAGUGCUUUCUGCACUGGGUGGAAGCAAUGAGCCUACUAGGUCUUACAUCUGAAGUGGUGGGGAUUCUGGAUCUCCUUCAGAUGGCUUCUGGCGACCACGGAUCUGCGCUGUCUGAUUUCCUAUACGACGCUAAGCGCUUUAUGCUUAAAAAUCGCCAGAUAGCUGAUGAUAUGCCUCUCCAGCUCUAUUGCUCAGGGCUGGUAUUUGCGCCCAGAGCGACAAUAAUUCGCAGAGAGUUCAAAACACAGCUUCCUUCUUGGAUAUGCCAGCUACCACAAGUUGAUGAAAGGUGGAGCGCAGAGUUGCAGGUCCUCGAGGGUCAUUUGGGUCUCGUUAUAUCUGUAGCAUUCUCGCCUGAUGGUCGCCGACUAGCGUCAGGCUCUUCCGAUAAUACCGUACGGCUCUGGGAGGCUGCAACGGGCACGCUGCAGCUCACUCUACAGGGUCAUGGGGAUCGGGUUUAUUCAGUGGCAUUUUCCCCAGACGGGCAGCUUCUAGCAUCUGGCUCUCGAGACUUCACUAUACGAGUUUGGGAUACCUCCACGGGCGCGUUACAGCAUAACCUCGAAGGCCACAAAGACAGGGUUAGGUCUGUAGUCUUCUCUUUCGACGGGAGGCUAUUAGCAUCUGGUUCCCAAGACUCCACUAUACGGCUUUGGCAUGCUGAUUCCGGCGCACUUCAGCAAAUAAUUUAUGGCUAUGGAGAUCCGGUUAGGUCAGUGGCAUUCUCUCCUGAUAGCCUGUAUCUGGCAUCAGGCUCCCAAAACAAAAAAGUAAGACUUUGGGAUGUCAAGACAGGUGCAUUGCAAGACACUCUUGAAGGCCAUACGGGUAUAGUUGAGUCAGUAGCGUUUCAUCCAGAUGGCCGAUUAAUGGUGUCCGGCUCCAGGGAUAGCACUAUACGGCUCUGGGAUGCCACUACAGGUGCGCUACUGCAGAUAUUUAAGGGGCAUUUGGGCAGAGUAACGUCAGUGACAUUUUCACCUAACGGGCAGCUGCUAGCAUCUAGCUCCUGGGAUGACACAACACGACUCUGGAAUAUCGCUACGGGCGCGUUGCAACAAACAUUUGAGGGCCAUUCGGGCAUAGUUGAGUCGGUAACGUUUCAUCCAGACGGCCGAUUACUGGCGUCCGGCUCCCGAGAUAGAAUUAUACGAUUUUGGGAUACCGCCACGAGCCCAUGUCAGCAAAUUCUUGGGGGCCAUUCAAGCCAGGUCACGACGGUAGUUUUCUCUACUGAUGGCCGAUUGCUAGCUUCCAGCUCCUGGGAUCACACAGUGAGGCUCUGGGAUGUGGCUACAGGGACACUUAAGCUGAUUCUCGAGGGGCACUUACACCCGGUUGAGGCGAUAGCGUUCUCUCCCGACGGACAACAGCUAGCUUCUGGCUCCUGGGGUGGCACCAUAAGACUCUGGAAUACCGUUACAGGUGCAUUGCAGCAGACCCUAGAGGGUCAUUCGAAUUGGGUGACGACGGUCAUGUUCUCUCCUGACAGCCGACGGUUAGCUUCUGGCUCCUGGGAUAUGACAGUGCGGCUCUGGGAUACCUUCACGGGCGCGUUACAUCAGACUCUUAAGGGCCAUUUGAACUCAGUGGAUUCCGUGGCGUUCUCUCGCGACGGCCGGCUUCUAGCAUCCGGGUCCCGAGAUUCAACUAUACGGAUUUGGCAUGUCGCCACGGGCCUGACGAAGCAAAUUUUUGAGGGCCAUACGAACUGGGUUACAACAGUGAUAUUCUCUCCUGACGGGCAGUGGCUGGCUUCUGGCCCUGGACCUCGGAGCACAAACGCGCGGGGAACAACCUUGUGGCUUCACGAUCCCGCUAGAGGCGCACUAGUGUCCGGGUCCUGGGAUAGAACCGUGCGGCUUUGGAAUGUGACCACUGGUGCGCUGCAGCAGACGUUCUGCAUUGAAGGAAGAGUUACUGCCCUAGAAUUCUCCAGCGACUGUUCAUACCUAGUUACUAAUCUUGGGCGUCUCAAUUUUCAGUCUGCCUAUGACAACCAUGUCCAGGAUAAAGUCCCAGAGAUGAAUAUUUGCGUACAAGAUGAUGAGUGGAUAAUACUUCAAGGCAAGAGAGUUUUGUGGCUUCCUCCUGCGUACCGGCCUGUCUGCUCAGCGGUGACAGGUAGUACCAUUGCUCUCGGGCACGCAUCAGGAGGGGUUUCAUUCCUGUCUUUUCAGAUGCAAUGA